AGAAAGCGACAGCGGAUUACAACCUCCAGCGGGCGCGCACAUCUGCCUGGAUGUUUACGUAAUAUAUACGGUCUCUCUAUGAGCUCAAAGAGACGCCUUCCGUUUUGAUUUACAGAGCAUCUGCUAUUUUUGUAGCAGUACAACCAUGUCACCGUGCGUAAAUACGCGCAAGGUUUCCGCGCCGUCUCUUUAACCUGGAAACGACUGGAUUCUGUCACCUCAGUACGCAAUAACACCGUUUUUCGUCGUUAGGAACUGCGUGGACGCCACUGGUCACUCCACUGGGCAUGUAAACGCGUCUUACGCGUCUCUGCGCACUCGACCUUUUUACGAUGUACGGCGAGGAUGCGCUGGCGUUAACGGCACCGUUAUGGUCCCCUGGUCCCCUGAAGAUGCGCUGGAUGUAGAAGUAUAUCCAUGACUGCAUGCGUGAGAGAGGGUACUUGAGUGUGUGAUUGAACAGGAUGGGAAAAGAACAGGAACUCUUGCAGGCGGUGAAGACGGAGGAUCUGAUUACCGUCCAGCGGCUCCUCCAGAGACCCAAACAGGGCAAAGCGAAGCUCCUGGGUGCUGCUAAGAAAGUGAAUGUGAAUUUCCAGGACACAGACGGGUUAUCUGCCCUGCAUCAUGCUGCUCUUAAUGGUAACGUGGAGGUGAUUUCACUGUUGCUUGAGUCACAAGCCGUCGUAGACAUCAAAGACCAGAAAGGGAUGCGGCCCUUACAUUACGCUGCUUGGCAGGGCAAGUGUGAGCCCAUGAAAAUGCUGCUCAAGGCUGGGUCAUCAGUCAACAGCCAAUCAGAUGAGGGCCAGAUCCCUUUACACCUCUCAUCACAACACGGCCAUUAUGAAGGAAGCGAGAUGCUGAUCCAACAUCAGUCGAACCCCUGCCUCAGAGACCACGCUGGGAAAACCCCUCUAGACUUGGCCUGUGAAUUUGGACGAGUCACGCUGGUGCAGUUGCUCCUGAACAGUAACAUGUGUGCUGCUAUGUUAGAACCGAAGCCCUCCGAUCCCAAUGGCAUCAGUCCACUCCAUUUGGCGGCUAAGAAUGGACAUAUCGAGAUCAUCAAGUUACUGAUCCAGGCUGGUAUAGAUAUAAACCGACAGACGAAAUCAGGCACAGCGUUGCAUGAAGCUGCUCUCUGCGGGAAAACCGAGGCUGUACGACUGCUGCUGGAUAGUGGUAUCAGUGCUGGGGUGAGGAACACGUACUGUCAGACAGCGCUGGAUAUUGUUAACCAGUUCACCACUACCCAAGCCAGCAAGGAAAUCAAACAGAUGCUGAGAGAUGCAUCGGCUGCCAUGCAAGUGAGGGCUCUGAAGGAUUACUGCAACAACUACGACCUGACAAGCCUCAAUAUUAAAGCAGGCGAUAUCAUCACGGUCUUGGAGCAGCAUUCUGAUGGACGAUGGAAGGGCUGUAUCCACGACAACCGAACAGGAAAUGACCGUGUGGGUUACUUUCCGUCCAACAUGGUGGAAGUCAUCAAAAGGGCAGGCUCAAGGGGAUCCGUUUCCAGCCCUCAUGGUUCUCCAACCCUUAGCGGCCAGCAGAGUGGCGCUAAUGAGGAGAUUUGGGUACUGAGGAAACCUUUAGCUGCAGGGGGCAGUGUUGGCAGUAUGGGCAGCACAGGCAGUCUGACCAGUGGACGUUCAUCUACUAGCGUACAAAGCAGUAAUGCCAACGCUCACCUCACCAACUCACCUGUGCCCGUGCCAACCACCCCCACGCACUCACCCGGGGUUAACACGCAUGGCCUCAACGUCCCGGGACUGCAUGCUCAGGCCGAGGGCGUGAAGCUGUUGGCCACGGUGCUGUCCCAGUCAGCCAAAGCAAAAGAACAUCUUAUGGACCAAUCUCAGUCUUUAGAUCCUAAUUCAGUGUCUUCUCAGCGCACUCAGAGUGCAUCUGCUGUCCCACGUCAGCAAAGGAAGAAACCCUUUGUGGAUCCAUUGCUGCAGAGGAAAGAUGAAGCUUCAGUUGAGAGCAAGAGCUCAGAGGCUGUUGUUGAAUGGCUCACUAGUGCACAGCUGCAGUUCUACACAACAAACUUUCUCACUGCUGGUUAUGACCUGCAGACCAUAAGCAGAAUGACACCAGAGGACCUCACUGCUAUUGGAGUGACAAAACCAGGGCACAGGAAGAAAAUGCUUUCAGAGAUCAGCAAAAUAAACAUCCCAGACUGGAUACCUCAAGAGAAACCCUCAAAUCUGGCUGAGUGGCUGUCGGCAAUUGGUCUCAAUCAGUAUUACCAGACAUUGGUUCAAAACGGCUAUGACAAUAUGGACUUCAUUAGUGAUAUUACCCUGGAGGACCUAAAAGAGAUCGGCAUCACUAAACUAGGACACCAAAAGAAGUUGAUGUUAGCCAUCAAGCGACUGAGUGAAUCUCCAGAAGCAGACAUUGCCAUCAAGGAGAGUCAGUUAGAAGAAAGCACAGGUUCAAAACAAUCAUUAGAAACCAGCACAGAACCAGAUGAGAACUCUGUCCCCUCUGUUCGUAUACGUAAAAGAACAGAGGGACGUUCGGAGGGGCGUAGCUCUCCCCGGCACAGCACCCAAGGGCGGGGCAUACAAAGAGCUAAUGCCCCUCCUCCUCUGAAGAAACCCAGCUCAAUUGAGAGUCCCACCCCAACACCUCCACACACCCCUACUAAAGGCAGAACUUCAUCUUCUGCUUCAAAUUCUCCUUCACACAUUCCUUCCUCCCCGCUAAAAACACAGAGCAGGGCUAGAGGGCCUUGCGACUCUCCUCGUUCACAUGCUCACGCUCGUACUGUCCCCCUACUUUGCCUACCGCCUGAAAGAGAAACCGAAGAGGGCAAUAGUCAAACUCUGCCCCAGCCAAGACGCGGACAGUCCAUUGUUACUGAUGCUGAGCAUGACUUACCCAUGCCAGACUCCUCUGUGAAAUACGCCACACUAGGUGGACAUAGGGUUACACCCAGCAGCUCUUCGAGAGCCUCUAGUGAAACUCUUGACAUCAACAGUGUCAAUCGCAGUCAGUCAUUCGCUACAGCUCGGCCGCGCAGACGGACUCGUCCUCCAACUCCACCAAAACGUUCAUGCUCUUCCAUUUCCACUGGUAACCUGGCUGAUGAGGCUGCAGCAGAUGAUGCAAGGUCUAGUGAAAAUAGGGCUAACAAUUUGCUACUCAAUGUGACAUACAGGGAGCGCAGACGUAGUGACUGUGGCAUUGCCUCCGAAAAAACUUCAUCUGGGGGCAGCGUAAGAGACAUUGCUGCCAUGCUUGAAAUGUCCAAUCUUGGAAGCAGUGGUAAAAGAAUUGGUUAUCUGCAGGCAAGCCAUAACCUCCUGCGGCAGAACCGUGAAGUUCUGAAUUCUGACGCAGAUAGUCGCCGCCGCACAAUCAGCGAAUUUUAUGACUCUCAUAAGCAGCCUGAUGAUGAUGUACGAGAGGAAGAGAUGAACCGAGUCAUGCAGGACUCCACACAUCAUAGACCAGCACCUUGUGAAACCCAACCAGUUAAACAGGCCCCUGAACCACGUCCACGUUCCAUGAUCACUCAUCUGGAAGCGGGAGUUUCCUCUCUGCCACAAGAGGAGUGGUCACGAAUGGAUGCCACAGCAACUUUGAGAAGACCACGACCCCCACAUCACUCAGAUAGUGAACAUUUUAACCUGACAGAAACAAGUACUAUAAAGCGAAGGCCCAAAGCAUUGGCUCCACCACAGAGUAAUGGCACUGAUGGAAAUGGGCCAGAGAACUUUCGGAGAAGGCCUGUAUCAGAAGCUUGUGUUGGAGAUGGUGGUAGGGAGGAAGAACUGCAUCAUGAUGGCUUUGGCUCUCUUCCCAGACAAAUACUAAAACCCCUAGUUUCACCUAAACCAGGAAUGGCCCUUCGAAAACCAGAUCCCCCAACUCCUACAAGGAGGGUUCCCUUACCUGGACCAGAAGGUCAACAUAGCCCAGUGGAGGUUAAGAAAGUCCCACCUCCAGUAUCUCCCAAGCCAAGUCUGCCUCCUACACUGCCCAAACCGGUAAAAAUCAAACCAAUCCAUACAAUCGGAACUCUUGGCUCUCCUCAGGCAGAUGUUCUCAGCCCAUCCAGUGCCUCCUUCAGCCAAGCUCCAUCUGAGCAACUGGAGCAUCCACCACAGACUUUGAGCCCAGUCACCCCAAAACCAAUGGAUGUGAGCAUGCUUUCCCCACGUGCAGCAACGUCUCCAGCUCAGAGCCCACAGACUCCCCAGACACCCCAAACCCCACAAACACCUUCUACACCAGGUUCAGGAUCAGCUCCAGUGAAGCCCCCGAGGUCUUCCAUGGCUGGUCUCUCAGUGGACAUCCCAAGCCCUCUGGAAGUAGAACUGCCUGGAAUGGAUGUGCAAAAGAAGCUAAGAGAAGUAGAGAAACAAAGAGAGGAAGAUGACGGUAGGAGGCAAGAAAGAGUAGAGGAAGUUGGAAUUGCUAGAAUGGAAAGGACAGGUCUGAUCCAGGUGGAUCAAAUGUUUCAAGGUGAACAAGGCCUGAUUUCAGAUACAGGGGAGGGAGCAGGACCGGUGGUAAUGAGAAGGAGGAAGGUAGGUGUAGCCAGACAGACACAAGUAGAGGGUGAACCACAAGAUGGAGAAGAAAAGACAGAGGUGGAAAGCCAAGGGUUACUGAAGGUUGCUGAAACAGGGGGCUCUGCUUUGGGGGACAUGGUACAACUCAGACUGGAGGAGACCAGUGCAUCCCUGGCUGCUGCUCUGGAAGUAGUGGAGGAGAAGAUUAAGAAGGAUGACAGCUCCAUUGUGGACAACAAGAGCACAGUCAACAUUCUCGAUGACAUUGGCAGCAUGUUUGAUGAUCUUGCGGAUCAGUUGGAGGCCAUGUUAGAUUAAAAGACCAAAGGUAAACCAGAUUCCAUAGGGAGUGUGACACACUUAAGCUUCUUGAAGUUUCUCAGUGAGGACCACCAGGAUGCCAUCUCAGCAGGAUUGGAAACUCAAUAGGGCAAAUUAAUCUCUUCCAUUCCGACAUGUUUAAAAGUCAAACUACAACUGAGCAUCUCUAAGAAAAAGCCUAAUUGUUGAUUAAUGUUUUUCUCAAACCCUUUCAUUCUCCACCAGCCUUUCCUCUAGUGGCCAGAGUAGGUACUGCAAGUAUGUAUCCUGACCUGCUGUCAUGCUGCUUCCAGAGAUAAGCACAAAAUUAAGAGAGACUAUGUGACAAGCUUUCUAGAUAUUAUUUAAGCAGAGAAAUGCUAGUAUGUAUGAGUGUGUGUAUAUGUGUGUACUACAUGUUGGGUGAGAGUUGAAUAUCGAUGAAUAUUUCUCUUGAUGGCAGUGGUAAGAGCAGUAAAGGUAAGUCGUUUUCUCUUAUAUGAUGUUAGGAAGCUGUGUUGUUCUUUUCCACAUCUCUGCUGAGAGCUUGUCCACAUUGUAAAGGGGAACUUUGAAUUUCACCUUGUGGUCUUCAGCUGGAAAAUGUACUAAACACUUGGUUUGGACUAAAUAUAUGAAGAGCACAACCCUAUUUAUGACCCUGAAGAUAUUCAGACUUUUUUGGACAUUUUGUGCAAGAUUUCUUUGUUCCCUUGAAGUAUAAUGAAGAAAAGCUUUGGACUUGAAAAGGUAUAUUGUAAUCUUUAUGUAUGUUAUUAUUGUUAUUGCUGUUGUUGUUGUUGUCAGUGUGUGUGAAUGUUUGACUGUGUAGUGUAGUUCUUGCAUUGACAAAUCCCACCCUGCCCAUGGUAUAAUACAUAGAUAUAGACAGAAUUCAGAAUAAGAUGCUGGAAAGAGUAGUGUAUAUAUGACAUAUAGGUUAUAGUUAUCAUUGAUAGUCUAGAGUAUGGAAUGCAUCAAUAUGGAAUGCUACAGACACCUGCUCAUUCCUAAUGUGCUCUAAUAAGUGUUUAUGUGUGUUUGUUUGUGUGUUUGGAGGGGAGGUCAAUUUGAGAGUGAGAGAAUUAGGAAGUGUAUGUUUAUAGUUUUGGGAAAGAGACUAUAUGUUUUUUUUCUCUUACAAAAAAUGUGCCAUGUUUUUGGACAGGGUACCAUGGUAUUUUUGAAGUAGCUUGGAUGAUCAUGUUAAUUCUACAGUACAUGUAUAUGGUAAUCAUACAGUACUGUUGUAUUACCAUCUGAAACCAUAGUACCACUACAGUACUUUUUUUGUAAGGGCUGAGUGUGUGUUAAUCUCUUGGACAAUGCAAUUAUUCCUGUUUUGUCAUGCAAACAAAAAAAGGCUUGCUGGCAGGAGAAGUUGCAUAUUCUAUACAAGUGGCUAAAAUUAGAUAAUAUAAGACUAUGUCAUCACAAGAUAUAUAAGACUACAGAGCAAUAUUUUUUAUCCAUGCACCAUGUUAUUAAUUUUAGCUUUAUAAGUGAUACUUUAAAACCAGCCAUCUGGGAUACAACAGAACUGAACAUUUUCCGACAAUCAUGACAAUGUUGUCCUUGAUUAUGACACUGCAAAGUCAAUGGAAUAGAUGUUGGAGUAUGAAAUCGUUUACAGUGUAAAACUGUGUAAUAAUCAGUUGUAAUUUUGUGUAAACCUUCAGAUGGCAAAUGUGUUUGUUUGACCCUGGUGAAAAAAAUAUCAUCAAAGACCUCUUCCAUGUAAAAAGCAUUGCGAAUAUGUGGAAUUAAUAUAAAUAAAUUGUUAUGAAUAUAACCACA